AUGUCAGACGAAAAAUCACAAUUAAUCGAAGCUUUCUAUAACUUUGACCAUGACUAUGAUGGUUUUGUAAGCGUUGAAGAGUUCCGUGGUAUUUUAAGAGAUGGUCUUCCAAUGCCAGAACCAGAGAUUCAAGAAUUUUUAGCAGCAGCUGAUCCAAACAAUACAGGUUUCAUUGAUUACAAGGCAUUCGCUGCCAUGUUAUACUCUGUCGAUGAAUCCUAA